AUGAUGGGAAGGCUCUUGUUGCUCUUGAUAUCUCCGUAUCUAUACUCUCUGCUCAUCUCCACCGUCGCUCUACCAACCAAGCCGGAAGGUUACCAUCAACUACGGCCGGGUGCACCGUUCAAGAUCGCUCUGUUUGCUGACCUGCAUUUUGGAGAGGCGGAGUCCACAGAUUGGGGCCCACUCCAGGACGUGAACUCUACCAGGGUCAUGUCCUCUGUACUCGAUGAUGAAAACCCAGAUUUUGUUAUCUAUCUUGGAGAUGUGAUCACAGCCAACAAUGUAGCAAUUAGAAAUGCAAGCCUGUACUGGGAUCAGGCAGUUUCUCCAACAAGAGCCAAGGGUAUUCCUUGGGCCAGUGUGUUCGGAAACCAUGAUGAUGCAGCAUUUGAGUGGCCAAUAGAGUGGUUUUCACCCCCUGGAAUUCCUAAAAUUCAUUGCCCUGUAGCCAAUUCAUCAUGCUCAGGGGAAGAAGACUGUAGCUUCAAAGGCACACAACGUCUGGAGCUAAUGAAAAAUGAAAUUGAGCUUAAUGCGCUAUCAUAUUCUCAAUUUGGCCCUAAAGAACUUUGGCCUAGUGUAUCCAACUAUGUCCUCCAAGUUUUUUCAUCAGAAAAUCCCAAGUCACCUGUGGCAUUUUUGUACUUCCUAGACUCUGGUGGUGGUUCCUACCCAGAAGUUAUAUCCAGUACCCAAGCAGAAUGGUUCCGGAAGAAAGCUUUAGAGAUUAACCCUGAUUCAAGGGUCCCAGAGAUAAUCUUUUGGCAUAUACCAAGUUGUGCUUAUAAGAAAGUUGCUCCAUUGUUUGGCAUACACAAGCCUUGUGUGGGUUCGAUUAACAAAGAGAAGGUAGCAACCCAAGAAGCUGAAACGGGUAUCAUGAAACUUUUGGUUGAAAGGGUUUCUGCCAAGGUGAGGGUCACUUUGGACUCAAAUGGAGGCAUUGUUGGAAAAGAAAAGACCAAAAAAAAUCGAAUCUUCUCUCAGCUAUUCGUGGUAAUUCCAUGCCCCAUUUGUGCAUUGUUAGGCACAAAGAAAAUACCUAAAUCACUCACUUUAGAUAUUGCGAAACUUGAUAGGGAUAUCCAAGUUACGCUGACUGAGUGUGCCCUGGUUGUGAAAACCAGUGGCUAG